AUGCUAAUACCCAGGUUGAGAAAUCUCCUAUCGAUUAUCGAAUCAUCAUCAUCAUCAAAUGCCACAAAAGUAGCGAAAAUAGCUUUGUCUUCGUCCUUCAACACAACCCAUUUCGCUGCUUUUCAUUCGACGCCUGUUUUGUCUGAGAAAUCGAGGAAAAAUUCUGCUUCUGGUGGUAAAGUUUUUGAAGACGAACGAGCUUCAAAGAUCACUGUAAGAUUCACAUGUACCGUUAAGGAGAAGCGUUCUGAUGCUAAAAAGGCUCUAAACAAUCUUCUCUUCCACACCAGAGGAAGUAGAGAUUUUCUUCAGAAUGAGUGGCAUUUUGGGGAGCCAAAUCGGGCGUUUCGGGACAGGCAUAUUAAGAAGAAAUCUCCACCUGGUCGAGGAAAAAAGCCUCGCGAUAAGAGAACAAAAAGAUGGCACAGAGAUGGGAGCCUUGGCGACGAUGAGUUUGACGCUGAGACUACAUUCACUGACAAAUUUAGAGAAAGCUGGUACCGUAAACCCCAAUCUCAAAAGGUUUCUUCAUAUUCGAAAGACUCAACAUCGGAUUUUGAAUGGAGAGAAGGCUUUAGCUGGACAAACCAAUCUGAAAGAAGCAAGAACUGGGAUGAUGAGUCUUCUUGCGAUGAAGAACCUCUAAUCGUAGAAUCCCGGUCUCAGAGGACAGUUCUCGGUUUACCUCCAAAUGGUCCUCUCAAAAUCUCAGAUGUUAAGAACGCUUUCCGGUCUGCUGCUUUGAAAUGGCAUCCAGAUAAGCACCAAGGGCAUUCUCAGGAGCAAGUCGAAGCUUCGUUGACUUCGAAACUCAACCCUGUUCAUCUGGAAGUCAUCGACACAUCUGGAGGAUGCGGCGCGAGUUUUGCGGUUGAGAUUGUUUCAGAACAGUUCGAGGGGAAGAGAUUGCUCGAGAGGCACCGCAUUGUGAACGCUGCGCUUGAAGACGAGAUGAAAGAAAUACAUGCUCUCUCUAUAAAGAAAGCUCAGACUCCACAACAAUGGAAGCCAAUUUCAGAAGACUCUGCAAUAACAACUCCAACCACAGAUGCUUGA